GGCAUUUAACGUUCAACGUCACCUACUUCAGAGCUUUCGCCCCUAUGGAGUCACUCCGGUAUAACUUCGCAAACACAUCAAGACAACAAACUUGAAUGGUCGGUCGCGGUAUGAUAUAAAUGAACUGAUUAUGGAAGACCACCAUUAGUUUAUGCAUUUUUCAACUGGACGGAUAUACAGACUUAUUAUAAAGCUUGCUCCUCUCUCUGCGAUAUCAUGGGCGACCUGUGCCAUGCAUGGACCUACAGACCUUCCUUAUCGAUUGUUAUUAUUAUGGUAUCAAUUUCAUGUAUGGUGCAUUGUUCAGAGAAUGCUGGAGCCAUUGGAAAAGUGUACCCACGAGGGAAUCACUGGGCAGUAGGUCACUUAAUGGGGAAGAAAAGCCUUGACAGUCUCUCUGGAUCAGAGGAGAGCAGCAACAGGGACAGUGAAUAUGUAUAUAUACCUUCUCCAGAGGAAGACAAGCUGCUGGAUAGAUAUGUGCAGCCGUCCAAGCUGGUGAAAGGCUUCAUCAGGGCUCUGGGGGGACUGGAGAACCAGAGACAGACCCAGACCCAGAGACAGGGACAGGAACAGGUUUUCUCUCGGAUGGGGGUUCUCAAGACCACAAAGUGGGAAGAGACAGACAGACACCGAUACCUCAAACAGGUUAGUAAUGCUGACAGACCUCAUUCGACUGGCUUACAACAUGAAGGAAAACACCGUCUUCAACUGAAGACCGCUCUUGACUGCAGCUCUCCUACGAUGAACGACACUACACGCCUCAGAGACUCAGUUCGAAUCAUUGCAUCCAGCACACCUGUUCACAAUGUUUUGAAAACAUAUAGCCUAUAUUAGAGUUUACUUUAUAUGAUAUAUAAUAACAUAAUUAUCAUAAUAAUUACAUGACAUCAUCUACUAUUUAUUGUAUGCUACUC